GGGAGGGCUGCCCUCUGCUUCCCAGCGCCCUCUCCCCUGCUAACUCCUUCCCCCUCCUCCUCCCCUGCCCCUCCCCGCCCCCACGCCUUCCUCCUCUCCGAAGGGCUGGUAACUUGUUGUGCGGAGCGAGCGGCGGCGGCACCAUCUAGGCGGGCACCAUGGGCACGUCCGCGCGCCGGGCGCUCUGGCUGCUGCUCGCGCUGUGCUGGGCGCUCCGGGAGAGCGGCGCCACUGCAACCGGGAGAAAAACCAAGUGCGAAGCUUCCCAAUUCCAGUGCACCAAUGGCCGCUGCAUUACUCAGCUGUGGAAAUGCGAUGGCGAUGAAGACUGUGCCGAUGGCAGCGAUGAAAAGAACUGUGUAAAGAAGACAUGUGCUGAGUCGGACUUCGUGUGCAACAAUGGCCAGUGUAUUCCCAAUCGGUGGCAGUGCGACGGGGAUCCUGACUGUGAAGAUGGUUCUGAUGAAAGCCCAGAGCAGUGCCAUAUGAGAACAUGCCGCAUAAAUGAAAUCAGCUGUGGCGCCCGUUCUACUCAGUGCAUCCCAGUGUCCUGGAGAUGUGAUGGUGAAAGUGAUUGUGACAGUGGAGAAGAUGAAGAAAACUGUGGCAACGUAACGUGUAGCUCUGACGAGUUCACUUGCUCCAGUGGCCGCUGCAUCUCCAGGAACUUUGUGUGCAAUGGGCAGGACGACUGCAGUGAUGGCAGUGAUGAGCUUGACUGUGCCCCGCCCACCUGCGGCGCCCACGAGUUCCAGUGCAGCACCUCCUCAUGCAUCCCCAUCAGCUGGGUGUGCGACGACGACGCAGACUGCUCCGACCAGUCCGAUGAAUCCCUGGAGCAGUGUGGCCGCCAGCCCGUGAUCCACACCAAGUGCCCUGCCAGCGAGAUCCAGUGUGGCUCUGGCGAAUGCAUCCACAAGAAGUGGAGAUGCGACGGCGACCCAGACUGCAAGGAUGGUAGUGAUGAGGUCAACUGUCCUUCUCGAACCUGCCGACCUGACCAAUUUGAAUGUGAGGAUGGUAGCUGCAUCCAUGGCAGCAGGCAGUGUAACGGUAUCCGAGACUGUGUCGAUGGUUCAGAUGAAGUCAACUGCAAGAACGUCAACCAGUGCCUGGGCCCUGGCAAGUUCAAGUGCAGAAGUGGGGAAUGCAUAGAUAUCAACAAAGUGUGUAACCAGGAGCAGGACUGCAGGGACUGGAGUGAUGAGCCCCUGAAAGAAUGCCAUGUAAACGAAUGCUUGGUCAAUAAUGGCGGAUGUUCCCAUAUCUGCAAGGACCAGAUUAUAGGCUACGAAUGUGACUGUGCGGCUGGGUUUGAACUCAUAGAUAGGAAAACCUGCGGAGAUAUUGACGAAUGCCAAAAUCCGGGAAUCUGCAGUCAAAUUUGUAUCAACUUAAAAGGCGGUUACAAGUGUGAAUGUAGUCGUGGCUAUCAAAUGGAUCUUGCCACUGGCGUGUGCAAGGCAGUAGGCAAAGAGCCAAGUCUGAUCUUCACUAAUAGAAGAGACAUCCGCAAGAUUGGCUUAGAGAGAAAAGAAUACAUCCAACUGGUUGAGCAGCUGCGAAACACCGUGGCUCUUGAUGCUGAUAUUGCUGCUCAGAAACUGUUCUGGGCGGACGUCAGCCAGAAGGCCAUCUUCAGUGCCUCAAUUGAUGACAAGGUUGGUAGACAUGUAAAAAUGAUCGACAAUGUCUAUAAUCCUGCAGCCAUUGCUGUUGAUUGGGUGUACAAGACCAUCUACUGGACUGAUGCGGCUUCUAGGACUAUUUCAGUAGCCACCCUAGACGGAGCCAAGAGGAAGUUCCUGUUUAACUCUGACUUGCGAGAGCCCGCCUCCAUAGCCGUGGACCCACUGUCUGGAUUUGUUUACUGGUCAGACUGGGGUGAACCAGCUAAAAUAGAAAAAGCAGGAAUGAAUGGAUUUGAUAGACGCCCACUGGUGACAGUGGACAUCCAAUGGCCCAAUGGAAUAACACUGGACCUCAUCAAAAGCCGCCUCUACUGGCUGGACUCCAAGUUGCACAUGUUAUCGAGUGUGGACUUAAAUGGCCAAGACCGCAGGAUAGUACUCAAGUCUCUGGAGUUCCUAGCUCAUCCUCUGGCACUAACAAUUUUCGAGGAUCGUGUCUACUGGAUAGAUGGGGAAAACGAAGCAGUCUAUGGUGCCAAUAAGUUCACUGGAUCAGAACUGGCCACUCUAGUCAACAACCUUAAUGAUGCCCAAGACAUCAUUGUGUAUCAUGAACUUGUGCAGCCAUCAGGUAAAAACUGGUGUGAAGAAGACAUGGAGAAUGGAGGGUGUGAAUACCUAUGCCUGCCAGCUCCACAGAUUAAUGAACACUCUCCAAAGUAUACCUGUUCCUGUCCCAAUGGGUACCACCUAGAGGAAAAUGGCCGAGAAUGCCAAAGUACUGCAACUACUGUGACUUACAGUGAAACAAAAGAUACCAACACUACAGAAAUUUCACCAACUAGUGGACUAGUUCCUGGAGAGAUCAAUGUGACCACGGCAGUCUCUGAAGUCAGUGUUCCCCCAAAAGGGACUUCCGCUGCCUGGGCCAUCCUUCCUCUCUUGCUCUUAGUGAUGGCAGCAGUGGGUGGCUACUUGAUGUGGCGGAACUGGCAACACAAGAACAUGAAAAGCAUGAACUUUGACAAUCCUGUGUACUUGAAGACCACGGAAGAGGACCUCUCCAUUGACAUCGGCAGACACAGUGCUUCUGUUGGACACACGUACCCAGCAAUAUCAGUUGUAAGCACAGAUGAUGAUCUAGCUUGACUUCUGAGACGAGUCGUGACCUCUGAGGUCUAACCCAGUAACACCCCCCUCCGGAACGGUAACCGGGCCAGCAGCUGAAGUCUCUUCCUGCCAUCUGGAAGAACGUCAAGAUAUCUUUGCGUGGAUCAAGCUUGUGUACUUGACCGUUUUUAUAUUACUUUUGUAAAUAUUCUUGCCCACAUGCUACUUCAGCUUUGGAUAUGGUUACCAAGUAUCUGUAAUCUAUGAAUUUCUAGACAGUAUUGCCGCCUCUGGCCAAAUAUGCACUUUCCCUAGAAAGCCAUAUUCCAGCAAUGAAACUUGUGCUAUAGUGUACACCACUGUACAUACAGUGUAUAGGCCACCUGUAAAUACUCCAGAGAACAAUCACUAUUCUUAAGCACUUUGAAAAUAUUUCUAUGUAAAUUAUUGUAAACUUUUUCAAUGGUUGGGACAAUGGCAAUAGGAUAAAACGGGUUACUAAGAUGAAAUUGCCAAAAAAAAUUUGUAAACUAAUUUUGUACGUAUAAAUGAACUCUUUGACCUCAAAAGGAGGUUUACAAAGACUGAGUGUUCAAACUACUGUAUAUUUCUUCUUUUCAAGUGCUCAAAGAUUAAACCAAGCAGCGUAACCAUGGUUUGUGCCUAUUCCUAUAGGGUGAAGUCCUCGAACGGCCUGAAUAGUAUGGAAUGUUCUCUCUCCAUGUAUGAGCUGUCACUCCUGACAUUGUAUAAACCCGUCAUUGGGCUAGUUUCUCUUACAACCAAGUACUAACAAAAGAACGAGGUACCAGUUGACGUUUGGUUGUGAUAAAAAAGCUCCAGGGUCUUAUUUUGCGAAAGUUUAGUUUAGUCUGUAUCUAGAAUUCCUCUUGCGUGGGAGAGAAUUCCUUUCUUUAUUAACAUGUUUCCUAAUGUGGAAAUAUAUGCUCUGAUUUCUAUGAA